AUGGCGGCUAGGUUUUUGAUGUUGUGCGCCUCUUCUCUCCUCUUCUUCCUCGCCGCCGUCUCAUCAAGUUCUCCGACGAACGAAUAUCAUUCCGACGAAAAGAAGGUCUUCGACGUCAGAAACUACCGUGCUCGCGGCGACGGCAGAUGGGACAACGCUUAUGCGUUUACGCAAGCUUGGAACGAAGCUUGUCAAUGGAGUGGUGGAAAAUCAACGGUCUAUAUUCCUCUCGGAACAUUCUAUCUCAGUCAAGUAACGUUCUCUGGUCCUUGCAAAAGUUCUAUUACUUUUAUAAUCAAAGGAACUUUAUCGGCUCCUCGAGAUCCUAACGUCAUCAAACAAGAAGAGUGGAUCAUCUUCAAAUACGUUGAUUACCUCACCGUUACCGGAGGAGGAUUACUUGACGGUCAAGGUUCUUACUCUUGGCCUCUCAAUGAUUGUAACAAAAACCCUAAUUGUCGUGCACUAGCUAUGAAUAUGGGGUUUGCGUUCGUUAGAUCUUCGAGGAUCAACGGUCUAAGAUCGAUCAACAGCAAGAUGGGUCAUUUCAACUUGUACUCAGUCGAGGAUUUCAACAUCACCGGAGUCACUGUCACUGCUCCCGGAGACAGCCCUAAUACCGACGGAAUCAAGAUUGGUAGAUCUAAGGAUAUGCAUAUUUUCAACGUUACUAUCGGAACCGGUGACGAUUGCAUCGCAAUUCUUGAUGGAAAUACCAAUUUGGAUAUCUCUAAUGUCAGGUGCGGACCAGGGCAUGGAAUUAGUGUCGGGAGCCUUGGGAGAUACAAAGACGAGAAGAACGUUGAGGGCUUAACCGUUAGAGACUCGGUUUUCAACGGUACAACCGAUGGUUUAAGGAUCAAGACAUGGGCUAAGUCGAUUUCACAGAUCUCGGUUUCGAAUUUCUUGUACGAUAAUAUCCAGAUGAUCAAUGUUGGAAACCCUAUUGUCAUUGAUCAGCAGUAUUGUCCUCACGGACAAUGUGAUAGUUCUGGAGAGUAUAAUUCUCAUGUUCAGAUCAAAGACGUGAAGUAUAGUAGGAUUUGGGGAAAUUCGACGAGCAAAGAAGCUUUAAAGAUGCAAUGUAGUAAAACGUUUCCUUGUCAAGACGUUGAGCUCUCGAAUAUCAACUUAUCUUACAGUGGACUCGACGGUUUAGCCACGGCUUUGUGUGAGAACGUUGGUGGUUCGGUUCGUGGCAAGAUUGUUCCUGAUGAUUGCCGGAUUUGA